AUGCAUACCCUAAACCUCCUUCUUGCCGUCCUCCCACUCCUCCCCCAAGCUCAAGCAGCCCUCCAACGCGUCGUCAACUUUGGCUUCAACCCAACCGGUCUGACCAUGGAAAUCUCCGUCCCUCCCAAUCCGGCUCCCUUGCCAGCUAUUAUCCUAGCCCUCCAUGGCUGCGGUGGCUCCGGUCAGGCUUAUGCCCGCCAGGCCGAUUACGUCUCGCUCUCCGACUCAAAGCGCACGUUCCUAGUCAUCUACCCAUCCUCCACCAGAGACUUCAACUGCUGGGACGUCGCCACUGUCGCCACCCUCACGCGCGACGGCGGCGGCGACUCCACGGGCCUGGCUAGCAUGGUCCAGUACGCCAUCGCCCGCUACGGCGCCGACCCCAAGCGAGUCUUCGUGACGGGGAGCUCGUCGGGCUGCAUGAUGACCAAUGUGCUUGCCGCUACGUACCCAGACCUGUUCGCCGCCGGGUCUUGCUACUCGGGUGUCGCGGCGGGCUGCCUGGCGGGUUCGCCGGGAUCAAGCCCCAUCAGCGCCGAUCCGAGGUGCGCCAACGGGCAAAUCGUGAAGACGGGCGAGCAGUGGGCGACGCAAGUACGCGCCAUGUACCAAGGCUACAGUGGGAGUUACCCGCGGAUACAGACGUUCCACGGCACUGCAGACACGCUGGUUAAGCAUCCCAACUUGGCCGAGCAGCUUAAGGAGUGGUCGGCGAUUCACGGUGUAACCUUUGCCAGGAACAACACGAACAACCCCACUGUUGGCUACACGCAGAUGGUCUACGGCGACGGCACCAAGCUUGUAGGCUAUUCUGCGCAGGGAAUUGGGCAUACUGUACCCGUACAGAGGGAGCAGGACCUGAAGUGGUUUGGCUUGUAG